UGCUUGUUGUGAAAACGUUUCCUAGAAAAUUAUAAUACCGAUUUGGUUCAAUCAUAUAAAUAUUCAUUUAAAAAACAAAGAUGCCUCGAAUAAUGAUCAAGGGUGGUGUCUGGCGGAACACCGAAGAUGAAAUUUUGAAAGCUGCUGUAAUGAAAUAUGGCAAAAAUCAGUGGGCACGUAUUGCUUCACUACUUCACAGAAAAUCAUCAAAGCAGUGCAAAGCACGAUGGUAUGAAUGGCUCGAUCCAAGUAUUAAAAAGACAGAAUGGAGCAGAGAAGAAGAAGAAAAACUGCUUCAUCUCGCCAAAUUGAUGCCAACACAAUGGAGAACCAUUGCUCCAAUUAUUGGACGUACAGCUGCCCAGUGUUUGGAACAUUAUGAGUAUUUACUUGAUAAAGCCCAGAACCGUGAUCAAGACAAUGAAGACGAUCCUAGAAAACUUAAGCCAGGGGAAAUUGACCCCAAUCCUGAAACAAAACCAGCACGGCCAGACCCAGUUGAUAUGGAUGAAGAUGAAUUGGAAAUGUUAUCGGAGGCUCGAGCCAGAUUGGCAAACACUCAGGGUAAAAAAGCUAAAAGAAAGGCCAGAGAGAAGCAAUUAGAGGAGGCAAGAAGAUUAGCAGCUCUUCAAAAGAGAAGAGAAUUAAGAGCUGCUGGUAUUGAAAGUCGACAAAAGAAAAGAAAGAAAAGAGGGGUUGAUUAUAAUACAGAGAUUCCAUUUGAAAAGAAGCCAGCACCAGGUUUUCAUGAUACUUCAAAUGAGACAUAUGACCCAUUAGACCCUAAUUAUAAAAAAUUACGACAACAGAAUUUAGAUGGUGAAUUGAGAAGUGUCAAAGAAGAUAGGGAGAGACAAAAAGACAAAAAGAAACAGAAAAAACGGAAAGAGAAUGAUUUACCUGGAGCUAUUGCCAGUCAAACAAAUUUUCAAGAACCUGUUAAGAAACGAAGUAAAUUGGUGUUACCUACCCCACAAAUAUCUGAUAUGGAAUUAGAAGAAGUGGUGAAAGUUGGACAAGCUAGUGAAUAUGCUAGACAGCAGGCUUUGGAGGCUGGACCAGAAGAUGCUGCAUCUAGAGGUUUACUUCAAGAUUACAGCAGUACAACACCUGGAUCUGUCAGUCUAAGAACAGCAAGAACACCAUCAACACAAGAUAAUAUUUUGCAAGAAGCACAGAAUAUUAUGGCACUCACUAAUGUUGAUACACCACUAAAAGGAGGGCUAAACACUCCUCUCCAUGAAAGUGACUUUAGUGGGGUUACACCUAGACAUCAAAUAGCCCAGACACCAAAUACUAUAUUAUCAACACCAUCGAGAACUCCAGGAGGUUCUGAAAUAUCUGCUGAUGGCAUUACCCCAAUUAGAACUCCAGUACGAGACAAACUCAAUAUCAAUCAAGGAGAGGACAUGAAUCCAGCUCUAGUUGACAAAUUCCAGCAAUAUGAAAUGAAAAGUCAGUUACGCCAAGGUUUGGCAGGAUUACCUACUCCAAAGAAUGACUAUGAAAUAGUUGUACCUGAAGAUGAGCAUGAUGGCCAUGUUGAAAUGAUGGACACAAAUGGAAUGGUGGAAGAUCAGGCUGACCUAGAUGAUAAGAGCCAGUAUGAAUUAGAACAACAAAGGCUCAAAGAAUUGAAAUUAAGAUCUCAAUCUGUACAGAGAGAUCUUCCCAGACCAACUGAUGUCAACAGCAAUGUUUUGAGAGUUGUUGGACCCAAUGACGCAGCCUUACUUGACCUGCAAAAAGCUGAAGAGCUGAUUAAGAAAGAAAUGUUGACAAUGCUCCAUUUUGAUGCUGUCUAUAGUCCCACACCAUCACAGCUUGGCGUUAAUCCCAACAGCAAGAAACAAACUCAAGGUAAAGCUAAUCAAAGUUUAGCUCACCACAAGGCUUACUUAGAAAACAAGCCCUACCAAAAGUUCACUGAGAAGGAACUGCAAGAGGCUGACAACAUGUUACAAGAAGAAAUGAAAUUUGUCAAGGAUGGUAUGGGACAUGGAGAUUUAUCCAUUGAUGUUUUUUCCCAAGUGUGGGAUGAGUGUUAUUCACAAGUUCUUUACCUUCCCUCUCAAAAUAGAUACACAAGAGCUAACUUAGCCAGCAAGAAAGACCGUAUUGAAUCUCUGGAUAAACGUCUUGAAACUAACAGAAAUCACAUGACCAGGGAUGCCAAAAAUGCUGCUAAAUUAGAAAAGAAGUUGAAAAUAUUAUUAGGUGGUUACCAAUCUCGGGCUCAAGGUUUGAUUAAACAAGUGACAGAUACUUAUGAACAAUUAGAGCAAACUUUUGUUGAGUUAAAAACAUUCGAAAAUCUACGUCAGCAUGAAGUUGGUGCUAUACCUAAACGACUGGAAUCCCUCACUGAAGAUGUCCAGAGACAAAUGGAACGGGAAAACGAACUUCAAAAACGAUACAGUGAACUACAAUACAAAUAUGACAAUUUUAAAAUAUUAGUCAAAUCAAGUUCUAAAUGAGAAUUGAAAGUUUUGUCAUGAAAUUGUGUUUACAAAAAAUUUGUCUUAAUAAAAUGCAAAUGAAUGAAGAAUUACAUACUUCUAUUGAGAAGGACAUUUCAAGUUUAUCUCUUAAAGGGAUACAAAGAGGUUUAUAGUCUUUUGGAUACAAAUAUUGUUUUCCAUUUGGACCAUUCCAAAUUUUGGUUCGACAACUGUGGGUACUGAUUUCAGAAAGAUUCGAUAUAUAUUCGCCAUUCUCUGUAUUCUGUUAAAAUGGCAAUAAUCAAGCUCCAUUGAAGUCAGUCUUGGAAUUGGAAUAGAUUGGAACCCAAGAUUGUCCCUGAUGCCUAUACAAAUAUGUGAUCUCUACUCCUAAAUGUCGCUGUAGGAUUAUGGAAAUAAAUACUAGAAAUCAUCUUCUGCAUCCCUGUUAAUGAUGGCUACCACCCCUCUUCUCUAUUGCAUGUUUAUGAGUGUGACUUUGGUGCUAAAUGCAUAUGGAAGAUCCUAUCCCAUGCAUUGGGAGGUUUAGUUUUCUUGAUGUACUCUUGAGAUACCGGUACAUGUAUUUUGAUAUUUGUACUAUUCAUAAUUAAUAAUUUCAUGAACAUUCAUGUAAGUAUUGUUAAUUUUAAUUUUAAAAAGAAAUUAAACAACAAUUUUGUAACUGAAAAUGUCAUUUGUAUUACAAGUUUAAGUUUUGGGUUUUGAUUUAAUACAUCUUAUGAUAGGGUAACUUCAUCAUAAACUGAUUAUUAUUUUGGAAGCAUGCUACACAAUAUAGACAAGAAAGAAAUAAAUACAAUGCAUU